UUUUUGGCCACAGAGGAGAAGGCAGGGUCAGGAAGGAAGCAGACGAUGAAGAUGAUGAAGACGGCGCUGCUGCUGCUGGCGUUUCUGUGCGUGGCCUGGGCUCAGGAUGUGCUGGAGUACGACGACUAUGAUUCAGACAACAAACCUUCAAAACCAAAGAAUCAGACGGUGGAUGGAGCGGCCGUGGACGCCCGCGGUCAUCGGCCACUCGACAGAGGCAGGGAAACGUACAGCAGCCGUUAUGUUCCUCCCCCCAUCACCGGAGGCGGCAGGUACCGUGGACGGCCUACCCCGGCCCCUGUAGGAGGCCAAAAAAAGCAGGAAAAGGUUCCUCAACCUGAUUCUGGAGGAUGUACUCAUGCCUCUGAAGAGAUGGGUGUUUUAUGUCCAACUGGCUGUGAGCUGAAGACCACACUGAUAAAGCAAGAAAAAAAUGUCAAGUUGGUCAUUAAUGAGCUCAAGCCCGAAGUUGAUGAAUUGUCCCAAUCCUCAAACAAGAUCUUUGAUUAUGUCAAUGGAAUGUCCGACUCUCUGAGAGAACGACAAAGACUCGUAGUCGACAACAACAUGGUGGUGGGUCAGUUUACCGAUCAAGUGGAGGAGAACCAUGCCUACAUCAAGGAAGUCGUGGACACAGUUUUCCCAUCCAACAUCAGGGUGCUUGAGGGGGUUCUGAACAGGAUCAGACAAAAGAUCCAGAAGCUCGAGACAGCCAUUCAAGCCCAGAGGGACAAGUGCAGGACUCCGUGUACUACCAAGUGCCCCAUACCGGUGGUAUCUGGUAAGGAGUGUGAGGACAUCUACCGCCGUGGUGGAACAGAAUCCCAAAUGUAUAUGAUCCAGCCUGACCCUCUCUACCCACCAUACAAGGCCUUCUGUGAUCAAACAACCAAGAAUGGAGGAUGGCUUUUAAUCCAGAACAGGCUUGAUGGCAGCGUGGAUUUCGGUCGACGCUGGGACGAAUACCGCCGUGGUUUUGGCAACAUUGCUUUCCCGGCAACCAAGCGUCACUGUGAGAUUCCUGGUGAGUACUGGCUGGGCAACGAGCGCAUCAGUCAGAUAACCAAGAUUGGCCCAACUGAGGUUCUUAUUGAAAUGGAGGACUGGACAGGAACCAAGGUCCAUGCCAGUUACCGCCGCUUCACUGUCCAGUCAGAGACGUCCAACUACGUACUGGCCGUUGAAGGUUACUCUGGUAAUGCCGGCAACUGUUUCCUGGAAGGAUCCCUGGAGCUCUUUGGGGAAAAUCGAACCAUGACUAUUCACAAUGGCAUGAUGUUCAGUACCUACGACAGAGACAAUGACAACUGGAACCCUGGUAAUCCUUCCAAGCAGUGCUCCAGAGAAGAUGGUGGUGGAUGGUGGUACAACCGCUGUCACUCAGCCAAUCCCAACGGGCGAUACUAUAUGGGCGGAGCUUACACAAAGCAGAUGGCAAAGCACGGCACAGACGACGGCGUGGUGUGGAUGAACUGGAAGGGCAGCUGGUACUCGCUCAAGGCCAUCAGCAUGAAGAUCAGACCCUUCUUUGAAUCAAGAUAACAGUCCAGUGUUGACACAGACAGGAAACGCUCAAAUCUAAAAUUACUUCUGAGCAACGAAAUAAAGACACAAAAACAAUUUUAGAAGUCUUCAAAAACACAUGUGAGUUAGGGUUUGAAAAAAUUCUUAUCGACCAAAGAAUCAUGUUUGCAGAUGACACUAACUUUAUAAAAUGUUUUAUAGAAAAAGUGACCAGCUGUUUGUAUGAGUGGACUUGGCGUGUCUUGUUUGUGUGACGACUGUGAAUCCGGACAAGUUAACUACGCUGUCUGACGCUACACAAUAAACAUAUUGUGGAACAUA